AUGGUGAACCCUGUCGUGGCGGUCGCGCUCGAGAUGGAGGACUUCCUUUUCCGCCCAGUCGAACAGGUCGCCCACAUGCAGAACCUGCUCGACGUGGUGAUGUCGUGGCCGGGUAGCAUCGACGAACAGGAGGUCAAGACUACCUUCGAGAGUGGUGGGCCACAGGCAAUGGCGGGCUUGCCGGACGUGCUGAAGAUUUCUCAGGGAGCGCCUGCGAGUGUGAAGGCGCAGUUCGUCGUCCAGCGAGCCGGUGUGGGGCGGUACAACGUGCUGCGCCAUUUCAUCUUCAAGCACGGUAGCAACCUGAAGCGUGCAGACGCGCGCCUGUACACCAUGGGCCAGUCGGCGACGUUCCCUGCGGCUGAGGAAAACAACACGUGGGGCCAGCGGAAGAACUUCAUCGCGAUGCUCGACCGCCUGCCUGGUUUCCACGUUCGCCAUUUCAGUGUGACUCGCAAGGGGCAUCCGGAAUAUCAGCAAGGGAAGGGGUGGGACCCGACGCCAGAAGAGAUCCGCGACGGCUUCGCAUACAUCCGCGACCACUACCAUGAUAUUGCCGGCUCGAGUGCGAUCGAAGCUCAGGAGUGGGUGCUGCUGCAGACUAAGGUCCGGUCAAGCGCCUGCUAUGCGUGGCCGACUAGCCAGAUCGAGAAGGCGUUGGUGAACAUGGACAAGGCAUCUGCCUCAGCCGAUGUAGACACUUUCUUCCCGAUGACGUCGUGCGACCUGCACCCUGUCGUCCAGGAUCUGCUGCUGCCAUUGAUCUAUGCCUUCGCCCCGCUCUCUGGCACCAUGGUCCUUGGUGCUCCCGGAGUGGGGGGCCCCCCCCUGUGCCAGAUCGCAGCCGUGGCCUGGGGUCGAUACGUGACGCGGAGCAAUGGCAUCGACAAAAAGCCUGGCUACCGGCGCGGCAAACAGAUGGAUGUGUUCCGUGACAAGGCGACUCCUGUCUAUGUGGGUAUACUGCUCGACGAUCCGUCUCUGGACCGCAUCGAUGUCGAGGACCUGAAGGCCUUCGGCACCAUCCACACACUCUUCAUGAAGAUGCUCGAGAAGCCCUUCGGCUACCUGAGCCAAUCGCACAGGCUCGCCCUCGCCAAGCGGUUCGUGCUGUUCACCCAGGGCGACGUCGCGUCCGACUUCUUGCUGCCUGGCAACAAGGGCGACUGCGUGCGCCCAGACUAUGCGCUGCACGUCGAAAAUGAGUACAAUCUCGUAUGCGAGAAGCUGCGCAGAGGCAGAAAGGUAUUGCAGACGCGCUUGAACGCCGUGGACGGCAUGACUGUCGGCACCGAAGAGCGGGCGGAAACCUUCGCAGAGUUUCUGGAGACAGUGCAGUGGAGGGUCCGGCCAGCAGCAUCGCAGUUCACCACCGCGGAGCUCCGCAAGGCUAUCCGCAAGAUGGCCAGCGGGAAGAGCGUGGUCGACGGAGACGUUCCCAUAGAGGCCUUCAAGGCUGGACAGGCGUACGGCCUCGAGCUUCACCUGGACAAGCUACAGCUGCUGCAAUGCCGCACAAACCGACCUCUUCACAUAUCCGGACGCGCGCUGGAGACCGAGGAUGCGCUUAUAUACCUUGGCACCAGUCUGACGCCAGACGGCAGAAUGUCUGGGGAACUCACAAGGCGCAUCGGGCUGGCACACGCGGCCUUCCGUGCAGUCCGGCAAGUUUGGAGACAUUCGUCAUUAUCCUUGCAGUGGCGGUUGCGCGUCUUCCACGCGCUCAUCGAGUCGAAGCUGUUAUACAGUUUGGCCGCAGGGUGCUUCACCAAGGCAGAUCUUCGCCGAUUGGACGGUUUCCAGGCGAGAUGCCUGAGGGUUAUCAUGAAGAUUCCCAGUGCGUACAUUUCUCGGAUUUCCAACGCCUCGGUGCUCCAGAAGGCCGGGGCAGAGCCUGCCUCCGCGCAGCUGCGGCGAAGGCAACUGCGCCUCCUCGGGAAGGUCAUCCGGCAGCCGGAGGGGUCUGCAAUGAGAGACGUAUCAUUCUGCCCGGGCAGAUCUCUCCGUCCAGCAACGGACCGCUACAUUCGGGUGCGCGGGAGACCCCGGACAGAGUGGAUCCGGACCGUUCUGCCGGACGGGUUGCGCGUCGCGGGCGGCUUCCAGCAAUUGACAGACGCAGCCAUCGACGAGCAGCACUGGCGCAAGAUCGCUGUGCGGCAGAAGACCUCGGAGGAAAUCGCCUCGUGGUGGGCGAAUCGCACGGCCGACCUUCUAUCGUCAGCCAUCGCCGCGGCAGCUGCACCUUGGGUUCGCCGCGUUCCCGCGACUGCCGGCACGCCGGCGUCCGACUCCGGCGGCGUGCGCGUGCGGCCGGAUGCUGGCGGCCAGUAUCGCUUCCGCCUGCCGGCCGCGGGGUCGCUGGCGCCGACAGGUAUGUCGCGCCGCGCGUUCCGAUGCCCUCUCCCCGCGAAGCGCGAGCGCGUGGAGUUGGAUCCGGCCGACGCACCUGAUGGCUCGAGAUCGAAGAGGGAUCCCGGCAGCGCCGCUGCGGGGCAUGCAUCGGACAGCGCCAGCGGCGCCAGGUCCGCGCCGGGCGCGGCCGCGAGGCCGAAGACCGGCAGUCCCGCUGCGGCGCCCGCCGCAGCCAGCGCCAGUGGCGCCGUGAUCGACGUUCUCUCAAGCGGGGACGAGAGCGAGGCCCAGGGCGAGCGGCCCGCCCGCCUCCCGCGGGGGGCCCGCCUGUGCGACAGACCACUCGGCUCCGCCCUGUCGAUGCAGGUCCGCCCCGAGAAUGUGCUGCAAUGCCCAGUCUGCUGCCUCCUGGAUGCCCUCGGCGCCGUUGGCGUUCCCGUGCCCUACGAUCGCCCAGGCCCCUACACUCUGGGCGAGGCAGAGGCUAUGAUCAGCCUCUUUGGUUUGUCGUUUCUCCGCUCGCGACCCCAGUCGGCCAGGGGCUCCCAGACCGGGCGCUGCGUCGUCGUUUACGAUGCCGCGCCCGAGCACCCAGGGCACGCCGUCGGCGGCAUUGUUGAGAAAGGCCGCGUGCAUUUCAUUGACGGCCUGCGAGAGCAGAUCAGCGUGGGCCAUUCCGCCUGGCACCUGCUGCCCGACGGCGCGCCUUCGGAGAGUUGUGAGUGGUGCCAGGUGGUCUGCGUCAUCGCGUGA